AUGACCUAUGGCUGACUUAUCACGAGAGCUUGGUGAAAUUAUUUGCUCUCUAUUGCUGGAUACGAACUAGCGUCUAACACUAAAAGACAGAAUGACUGAGAAGAGAUGUGAUUCCAGCAACACUAUGAAAGUGAUUGUUGUGGGAGACUCGGGUGUUGGGAAGACAACUUUACUGUUAAACUACACCCAAGACCGAGUUGCUUUUGACAGCACCUUUAAAACAACCCUUUCAGUGGAUUUUAGCUCAAAGAUAGUGGAGGUCUCAGGGGUAGAGGUCAAGCUACAACUAUGGGAUACGCACGGCCAAGAACGCUACCAAGCUAUGGGAACGCAUUAUUACAGAAGCGCUAUCGGUAUUAUUAUAGUGUUUGACCUGUCGAGAAAGUCCAGCUUCGACAACAUCCAACGGUGGUUGAACCAGGUUCACGAACAUGCCCGAGAAAAUGUUGACAUUAUACUGGUCGGCAACAAGGUUGACCUGGCCGAGAGCCGAGUCAUAGACCACGAGACGGCCUCCUCCCUGGCCCAGACCAUUGGGGCCAUGUAUGUUGAGUGUAGCGCUAAAACAGGGGCCAACGUCGACCUGGUGUUCACAUCGUUGGCCAGCAAGUUGGCAAAUCGCGAGCCUGUCCAACAGGAAGAGCUGGUACUGGUACGCUUAGAAUCAGAACCAUCUUACCAGGUUCCUUGCUUUGGAAAAAAUACAUGUUCGUCAAUAUAAGCCUCAAAGAUGACGCA